GAAGCUCGUGUUUCCAACCUCAUCCCUCCCGAUGGGAUCACCAACCACCGCAGAGAUGCCGGCCAUGCCUUCUACGGCGGCGAGAAGGAUGCCGGCGGACUUCGCAAUGGGCGGGGUAGCAGCCGUGGUGGCGAAGAGCGUAGCAGCGCCGGUGGAGAGGAUGAAGCUCUUGCUCCAGAACCAGCAGGAGAUGCUCAACAGGGGGUAUCUCGCCAAACCCUACAAAGGUAUUGGGGAUUGCUCUAGAAGAGUACUCUACGAGGAGGGCGUUCUUGCGUUCUGGCGUGGCAAUCAAGCCAAUGUUAUUCGGUAUUUUCCAACCCAGGCCUUCAACUUUGCAUUCAAAGGCUACUUCCAGAGUAUAUAUGGCCGCUCAAAGGAGAAAGACGGGUAUCUUAGAUGGUUCAUUGGGAAUGUUGCUUCUGGUAGUGCUGCUGGAGCAACUACUUCAUUAUUUCUGUAUCAUUUGGACUUUGUGCGCACCCGGUUAGGCACGGAUGCGAUUGAAUGCCAAGCUAACAUUCAACGGCAAUAUAAAGGCCUAUUUGAUGUUUACCAGAAGACCCUGUCAACUGAUGGUGUAGCUGGCUUAUACCGAGGAUUUGGGGUUUCUAUAACUGGUAUUACUUUGUACAGAGGUCUUUAUUUUGGCAUCUAUGAUACUAUGAAGCCUAUUGUUCUCGUAGGACCACUGCAGGGUAAUUUUCUGGCAAGUUUUCUGUUGGGAUGGAGUGUGACAACAUUUUCUGGAAUCUGCGCAUAUCCCUUUGAUACAUUGCGCAGAAGACUCAUGCUUACUUCAGGACAUCCAUCCAAGUACAAAAGCGCCAUAGAUGCCUUCCGACAUAUAGUUCGUCACGAGGGAUUCUUCGCACUCUAUAGAGGAGUUGGUGCCAAUAUGCUGUCAGGAAUGGCAGGGGCCGGAGUUCUUGCAGGGUAUGAUCAAUUGCAUAGAUUUGCAUCAAGACAAGGUUACAGUUUCGGGUACAAAAUGCCGGAGAGCUAGGCGAUGACGUGUUUAAUUUUUCUGUUGUACAUAAACGAUUCUUUUCUCAGGUCAAGCAAAACAGAGCUUGAUUACCAGUAUAGACAACUUGUGCAUACCGAUUU